UCGAGCUGGCACCGGACAUGGCAUGGAGCGGGGCCGGGCAGCGUCGCCGCCUUGGAGGGCAGCCUGCAUCCUCUGCCUGCUGCCGGCGCUGGCCGGGGGCUUUGUGCCAGGCCAGCUGCUGGCCGGCGACGAGGCUGCCUACGAGGAGCGGACGGUGACCGGCGUGCGGGGCCGGGCGGUGGAGCUGAGCUGCGGCCGCCCGGCGGCGGCGCCUCCGGCCGUGGUCUUCUGGAGCUUCGCGGCGGCAGGCUCGGGGCCCCCGCGGGCCGUGGCCGUGGGCUCGGGCUGGGAGGUGGCAGUGGCCCCCGGCGCGGGCAGCCUGGGCCGGGUGGCUCUGCGCAAUGGGACGCUGGAGCUGCGGGAGCUGCGGGUGGCCGCCCGCGGGCGCUUCCUCUGCCAGGGGCUGUUCCCGGAGCGCGGCCGCCUCCGGGUCGGCUACGCUGCGGUGCUGCUGCGCGUCCUCGUGCCGGUCUCCAAGCCCUUCGUGCGGCCAACGGCGGCGGCGGCGCCAGAGGGGGCGGCGGUGGCCCUGACCUGCUCCGUGAGGGAGGGGACGGAGCCGCUGAGCUUCUCCUGGCAGCACCAGGAGCCCCGGGGCGGUGCCGCAGUGCCCCCCGAGGGGCUGGGGGGCGCCGGGGCUGAGCUGCGGCUGACGCCGGCCAACCGCAGCCACGCAGGCUGGUACGCGUGCACCGUGGGCAACCAGGUCAACAACCGCACCAGCGAGCCCGUGUUCCUCGACAUCGUCUACGGCCCCGACCAGCCUGCCAUCAGCGUGGAGCCCUUCUCCCCGGAGCAGGGAGGCUUCUCCGCGGGCGAGAGGGAGGAUGUGGUGCUGAGCUGCCUGGCGCCCUCCAACCCCCCCAGCCGCUACGUCUGGCUGCACAACGGCUCCCAGGUGCACACCGGCCAGACCUACGUUAUCUCUGGCAUCGCCCGCGCCCAGGCGGGCACCUACACCUGCCUGGCAGAGAACAGCCACCUGCAGACCCGCACCCAGGCCACCAUCGUCCUCACCGUCUACUAUCCACCAGCCGGGACCCCCAGCUGCUCCGCCCUGCCCACCGCCGACCUGCGGGACGUGGCCCUGCGCUGCCGCUGGCUAGGGGGGUUCCCCCCGGCACGGCUGCGCUGGGUGGGCCCCGGACCCUCCAGGGAGGAGGAGGAGGAGGAGGAGGGGGUGAUGGGGAUGAGCUUUUCCAUGGCCACCAGCAUCCAGCCAGGGGCGGCCACCAGGAACGGGAGCUCCUUCUCCUGCCUGGCCUCCCACCCGGCGCUGCCGCAGGGGGCUGCGUGCGGGACCACCCUGUGGGUCCCAGCCGGCAGCCCCUCCUGCACGGCGGCGGCCACCAAGGGUGACGAGUUCGUGAUGCUGCGGUGCCAGUGGGAGGGGGGGAUGCCACCAGUCAGCCUGCGCUGGCAGGACAGUGGGGGACAAGCACUGGGGGACCCCUCGCCCUCCACCACGGUCCUGGUGCUGGGCGCCGAUGGCAGCUUGCGGGGCCAGGACUUCAUCUGCGCAGCCGCACACCCCCUGCAGGCCGCCAGCACCGAGUGCCACCUGCGGCUGGAUGUCCCCAGGCUGGAGGCGGAGAGGAGCGAGGUGGUGGUGCUGGAGGGCGGCGAGGCGCGGCUGGCGUGCCGGCGUCACGAUGGUGGUGCCAGUCUUGGUGCCAGCAUGGCUUGGUACGACCCCAAGCAGCAGGAGGUGACUCCGGGGUUGGCCAAGUACCAGCUGGAGCAGGGAGAAGCGUGGCUGAACCUCACAGUCCAGGAUGCUGAGUGGCCAGGGGAUGGUGGCACCUACCGCUGCGCCGCCGCCAACGCCGUGGGCACUGCCAGCCUCCCUGUCCGCCUCCAUGUGGAGCGGUACCCGGCGCCCCCCAACGUCACCAUCAGCAGGCUGCGGUACACGCGGGCACGCACCGAGGUGCGGCUGGAGUGGCGCACGCAGGGCAGCGGCAACCUCACCGGCUUCGUGGUGCAGCGGCGCCGAGCCAAGAAGCCCUCCCGGCAGGCUCCGGGGCCCUGGGAAACCGCCGCCGGGGACAUCGAGCCCCACACCCGCGACCGGCGCCUGGGGGGCUUGGACCCGGCCGUGGUCUACGCCUUCCGCGUCCUGGCCGUCAACCACCGCAGGGCCGGGCACCCCUCCGAGGUGCAGACCCCAGCCGAGCCUCCCUUCGAGGCCUACCCGGCGGUGACGGCGGCGGCGGCGCUGGGGAUGCUGGUGGCCACCGCUGCCUCGCUGCUGGCCGUGCGCUGGGUGGCCCGGCACCGGGACAGCCUCCCCCGGCUGCACGACCUCCUCUUCCGCACGGCCGGCGCCGGUGCCCAGGAGCCUAUCGACACGCCGGAGGAUGCUGAGCCCGCCGCAGGCACGGAGGAUGGAGCUGCAGCGGCAGCCGGGGCUGUGCCCGGAGCUGCAGCGGCAGCCGGGGCUGUGCCCGGAGCAGCAGCGGCAGCCGGGGCUGUGCCCGGAGCAGCAGCGGCAGCCGGGGCUGUGCCCGGAGCAGCAGCGGCAGCCGGGGCUGUGCCCGGAGCAGCAGCGGAGCAGCUCUCGGCACCGCCGGACGCCGCCGAGGACGCGCCGGGGACCGCCGGCACCACCGUGACGGCCGCGCCGUGA